CAUCCAGUUCACUCACUUCAAUCAAAACACCAAAGUUAAUCUACUCUCAAUAUCAAAAAACAUGGCCAUUCGUUUGCUAUCUAUGAUUUCUGGUGUCAAGCAAUUCCACAAAUUGCAAUCUGUUGUUACUCGGAAUCAAAUAUCAGAUGUACCAAAAGGACAUUUUGCAGUUUACGUUGGAGAAACAGAGAAGAAACGAUACGUAAUUCCAAUUGCAUACUUAAAUCACACUUCGUUCCAAGAAUUGCUUCAGAAAGCAGAGGAAGAAUUCGGGUUUCAACAUCCAAUGGGCGCUCUCACAAUACCCUGCAACGAAGAUGCAUUUUUUCAUGUCACUUCUCGAUUGAACAAUUAUUUAUGAUAUGAAGAUGCAGCAUAUUAGCUAGAGCUUAUAAGAUUUUGAAUUCUCUCUCUGAUUUUAAUAUUUUUUUCCUCUUGCAACACAAGAGAUGUAAACUUAAUUAUUAUAUAUAGACAAAGCAUUGCAAUCAAUUGUUUACUCUAUUUGUUUUGGAGAUUAAAAUAGACAAAGCUCUUCUAAAAUUUUGGU